GUUAAAGAUAGUGCAGUGCCAGGAAUGGGAUCCCUGUCUAGUGUCGAUUACUGUAUCUCUGCCCCUCCCUGUCAUGUCAGUGUCUUGUUCGGGGGUGGUGGAGACACCCAGGGCUCGGAGGGUUGCUUAUAUUGGGGGUGGUGGGGUGGGUGCUUUUGGCUUGCUGUACCUUAGGAAGGGGGUAGGGUAUGUCAUAUUGUACCUUCUCGAGAGUCAUGCGUGCUCUGGGUAGAUGGAAGGGUCGAGUCAACGCGGUCGGAUCGUG